AUGUGCUACUAUAGUGGAUACUACGGAGGCCUUGGCUAUGGCUAUGGUGGCCUAGGCUGUGGCUAUGGCUGUGGCUAUGGCUGUGGCUAUGGCUGUGGCUAUGGUGGUUAUGGUUAUGGUUGCUGUCGCCCUCUGUGCUAUAGAAGAUACUGGUCUUAUGGCUUCUACUGA